AUGAUGUUAAUUCUAGCUCUCGUAUCGUUGCGCACUCUACAUACAUCGGGAGAUCAUAUUGUUGUGGAUUGUUCACCAGACUAUUUUACCGCAGAAAUAGUCGUUGAUGAUCCCAAAAAACCCUGUUCAUCAUUCAGUUCGCCGAUUUACACAUUCGUAGAUAGGGUCAAGUAUGAUGGCAAAGUCAUUGGGGAAACCUCUGUUGGUAGAUUUUCCUACGUUAACAUCCACAGAUUCUACACUGAACUGCGCUUCGCAGAACUUAGAAUAGAAGAUGAGUUGGUGGUCAAGCAUAUAUACUUGGAAUUCUUUGAUGGAGAACGAAAAGAACUAUCGGAAAGGGAAUUCUGGUUGAAAACACAGAAGUUUUUUGUGCGGUUUACUUUCGAUCUAUCAGACCCCGUAGUUCCAGACAUGUUUACAAAGAAGAAAUACCAACCAUUUGGAACCCCCUCUCUCAUAUUCACUCCACGUAGAAAGUAUAGGAUUCUGAGGGUUGUGGACGGAGAAAAUGAAAUCUGGGAAAGCUCCGACACUGAAUAUUGUACAUGCAUUAUAGUUCACAUCUAUGGAGGAAUCAACUCAUUCAUUCAACUAUUAAUCAAUAUCAAAGAACAGUACAAGGCACUUUACUUUGAGAGCAAGGAGUACUCAUGGAGAGAGAUACCAAAGGAUGAUUUUUACAACAAGCUAGAAAUCGCUAGCGGACCUGCCGCAAGAUUCUAA